AUAGGUCCAUUCAAAUCAGGAGGGAAAAUCAUUUUCACCAUGGCUCCUGCACUCCACAACUACCUGUUUAUUCAGCUAAUAGUCCUCCCUGAAGGGCUCUCUCAGUUGGUGAGAACACAGCAGGUUGUCACAGCAACACUGGGAGAAGAUGCAGUCUUAAACUGUGAACUCAUGAAAGCCAAAGAUGUGCGGCAAGUCACCUGGCAAAAAGUGACAGCUGAGGCAAAUGAAAAUGUGGCCACUUACAGCAAACAAGGUCCUGAUGUCAACCUACCUUUUCAGAGGAACGUGGAGUUUGAAGACGAGGGACUGCAGAACUGCUCUAUCAUCAUCAGAGGAGUGUCAAGAGGAGACGAGUCCUGCUACAAGUGUCUGUUUAACACCUUUCCAGAUGGACCUAUCAGUGGAACCACCUGCCUCCAAAUUAAUGAGCUGUAUGGACCCUCACUCCUCAUCACACAAACCAACAACAGUCACACCACUCUGUCCUGUUCUGCUACUGGACGGCCUGUUCCUAUAGUAACCUGGGAAGACACAGACAUUCUAGAAAAUUCCACAAUGGCCAAUGUCACCCAUCUCAAUGGAUCUGUCACGGUCACCAUAACUUCUACGCUGGCAGCAUUCAGUCUACCUGACAAAGACACCAGUGUUGGCUGUAUGGUGUCACUGUUCUCUGGAGGUGUCACCAAGAACGUAUCCAUGGUUAUUCCAGCUAGAAGUCAUGCUUCAUUUCCUGGUGUACCUGAGGUCACUGAUGGUGACAGGAUCAGUGGGAUUGGUGCCGUGAUGAGUUCACUGUGUUUCAUUGCUGUGUGCUGUGGAGCUGCUGUGGUACUGUGGUGCAAACUGAGAAAUACAACAAGAAGCCAAUGACAGAGAACAGGAAGAACCAUCAACACUCAACCCUCAAAAUGAUGACCCUGAAACAAGUAGACAGUGUUUGUACUUACUGUAGGUAAUAGAUUAGAAAACAUUGAAUUGCUUUUCAGUAUCAAAUGUCCUCCCUGGAGAAUAUGUAACUGUAAAUACCCACAAAGCCGUUAUAUCAGUACACUACUACAACAUGAUCUGACUCUGAUCAGUAUCAUUGGGGUUCAUGUCUUUCAGGACCACAACAAUAUCCAGUACAUUCUAAAUGUAUUAGUACAACCUUAUUGGAUCAUCCUGGUAGUGCUUGAAACAGAGAUUGUAAAUGUUAGAGUCCAGUUGCAGAAGAGCCCAGUUCCUCAAGAGAUGAGAUCCACUAACACGUCUCAACCAGACUACUAAUCCAUCUGUAGAAUAUUACAGUAUAUUCUAAUUGUAUGACAAAGAUCAUAUUAAAUGCAUGGCGACUAGCAAGAUACAGUACUAAUAUUCAUCUAUGAGACUGUCUGGGAGUCUUGGGAGCAUGAACAGUGUGCAGGCCUUCCUGUUCUUCAUUAGUAUUCGUUAUUAGCCCAGCUCCUACGUUUAGAAGGAUGUGGUUAUGACAAACAUUUCUAAUGAGACAGGCAGAUGCACUGUGUACUAGAUAUAUUGAACCUUUUUGAGAUGUCAGAGUCAUAUUUCUUCCCCAGUCAUAAGCUAAUUUAUACCUGCACCAUACAUUACAUAAUGUCACUAAUACUGUUUUUUGUUUUGAAAUUGCACUUUAGUUUUGAGAUGAGGUUUGUCAGUGAGGAAAUAUAUUAUAUUAGAACACAUGACCACCUACAAUUGACUUAUGACACACCAGGAAGAAGACAGGGGAGAAUAUAUUUGUAUAUGUUGUCCUUCUAUUUAAUGGAACUUGAAUCCAUUUAAACAUGAUUGACACAAGUGCAAUGUGAGGUUUAUGCUGUUAUUAUUACAUACGGUACCUCUAGUGAUACAGGGAUGUUUUACCUCCUCUAUCAAUGUAUGAAUGUAUUUGAGCCCUGAACAUAUAAUGAUGAUAACAAUGUUUUGCACUUUGAUAGUUUGAUAUACUGUACCUUGUUCACUAGAUUUAAUUGUAUCACGUUUUAGUUCCUGUUUGUAUUUAUUUUGAUCAUGAAUGUUGUGCUUGACAACACUUGAUUUGACACUGUUAAUAAAUCAGGAUAUUAUUCUCGCUUGA